UAAGGUGAUUCCCACGAACGCUUAAGUCUUCCCUCUCCCGUUUCCGGGAUCCGGCGUGUCCGAGUUUCUGUGGAAAGUUUCUGAAGUUUCCUUGUUGGACCCUGAGGUGGGGGUGGGAGCUCUGUGAGCGCUCCAGCGGCACUGCUGCGCUUUCACACGGAUCAGUCCGGCUCCGAGCUCCGGGAUGGCGGCCAUAAAGGCUCUACAGCAGUGGUGCCGCGUCCAGUGUGAGGGCUACCGGGAUGUCUCCAUCACCAACAUGACCACGUCCUUCAGGGACGGACUGGCUUUCUGCGCCCUCAUCCACAAAAACAGACCCGAUCUCAUCAAUUUUGAUUCCCUGAAGAAGGAAAAUGUCUAUGAGAACAACAAACUGGCGUUCAGUGUUGCAGAAGAACAACUGGGAAUUCCGGCAUUGUUGGAUGCAGAAGACAUGGUGGCUCUUAAGAUUCCCGACCGCCUCAGCAUCCUGACCUAUGUCUCCCAAUACUACAACUACUUCCAUGGACGCUCCCCGAUUGGUGGAAUGGGGGGUAUAAAGCGUCCGGCCAGCGGCCCGGCCGAUGAGCCGGCUGGGAAGAAGAACCAGCCGGUGUCGUCUAAGGUGUUUCCCUCUUCUAAGCCUGCCAGCGAGAACAGCCCUCCCCCAUCCUCCAACGUCACAAAGCCAUUUCCUUCCCCAAAACAAAACAGAAGUUUAACACAGGAUGUUCUGGUUGAGAAGUCUCCUCAGGCAGGCACCCUGAGCAGCAAAUGUGCAUCCUGUAACAAGCACGUUCACCUGGUGCAGCGACAUCUAGUGGACGGGAAGCUUUAUCACAGGAGCUGUGCAAAGUUGCUGUCAUCUGCAAACACAAGCACACCUCUUCAGGAUUUGCCCACAAACACCCAUGUUUCCAGAUUCACUCCUCUGAUAGACUCCAGUAAAAACAGCACACCAGCUCCAACUCACACAUCCUCCAGACUCCAGAGCCCUUCAUGGCAGUCAGAGAAACCCACCACUCCUAAGUCCACUUCUGCUUCCCCAUCCUGGUCUGUGUCAGCUCUCUCUUCAGCUAAACCCGAAGCUUCACGUGACACUGCUUUCACGCCAUCUAUCAGCACCAGGCCCCCUGAGGCUCCUCGCCCUUCAGUUACUGCUGCCAAGACGCAACAGUCCAAGCUCAAGUUCUUCCAGGAAGAUGUCACGGCAAAGGUGGAGGAGAAAAAGACUUCAACCAUCAAUGUGGACAUAAAUAAAGGUCAGAGUGCUGGUGGCAAGGCACAGCAGGCCACAGCAGGUCAAGCUGUUACUGUGGUUGUAAAUGUCAGUGGUAGUGGAAGAAAAGAGGCAAAUGAGAGUUUGGAUAAGGCUGGGAAUAGAGCUAAAACAACUGGCACUAGCUUGAAGGCGAAACAGGAAGGUGAGACUAAUAAGACAAAAGCAGCAGCAGCAGCCUUCAUCUCUAAAAAACUGGCUGAGGAGAACAACAAUAACAACAGUAAGCCAUCGUGGACGACUGCUGCUCUAAAGAAAACUGAGACAUCUCAGUCUCAAGUUGAAACACCUAAAAAGGAGACGGGGGGAGUCGGAGGCAGGGUGAAGCUGAAAGUGAACUCAGCAAUCCUGGCUGACCUGCAGCCUGCAGACCCCACAAACUCUUCUGGAAGCACCAGCGGUCAGACCGGACUCAGGACCAGGACUGCAGACAGUGCAGCCUCAAAGACCGGCAGUACAUCACCCAACACAUCAGCAGUGAGGGAGACCGAGUCUCCUGCAGAUUGGAGGUCGAAGCUCAAGCCUGUCUCCCAAGAAACCAAACCUGCUGGUCCUUCACAGACUUCCACUAAACCAGGGCCCAAUGGAACUGGGAAGACUUCAGAGCUUUCUGUGAGGCCUUCCUCUCAAUUUCCCAGCCCAAGUAUUUCUGUCACUCCACCGGCAUCAAAGGGAUUACAGGACAGCCAGAAAGAGCAAACCAAAAAUGGAACCAAAUCAGGGGCAAAGAAGAUGAAACCAGACUACAUUCCCAAAGAGGAGAUCCUGAGGGAGCUUCAGGAAAUUGAACAUAAUUUAAAUGAGCUGGAACAAAGAGGAGUCGACCUGGAGAUGAAGUUGCGCAAAUCCGAAGAAGAGGGUGAUGAUGACGCUCUCACGGACAAGCUCAUGGUUGAGUGGUUCGACUUGAUCAGGAACAAGCAGGUGGCCAUGCGCCGGGAGUCUGAACUGGUCUACAUUGGAAGAACCCAGGAACUUGAGGAAGAGCAGCCCACUGUUGAGCAAGAGCUGAGGAGGCUGAUGGAAAAACCAGAACAUCUGAAAACAGCCUGGACCAGGAAGAGGGAAAAGGAGCUGAUGGACAAACUGAUGGAGAUCGUCAAUGACAGAAACGCGAUUGUAGAGAAUCUGGAUGAGGACAGACUCAGGGAGGAAGAGGAGGACGAGCAGCUAAACAAGAUGAUGUUGGAUUUCAACAUUAAGAAAGACAAGGAAAAACCAAAGAAGGAGAAGUCAAAGUCUCCGAUAUCCAAACUGUUCAGCUGGGGAAGCAAGAAGGAAACAUGAUACUCUUCAAAACUCUUUGCUGUUUUUGGUCUUUGAUGUUUGUGCUGCUUAACGUCAGUGUGCUCAGCCUGUGAUUCACGGGAUAACAUGGAUACUGCGUGCGUUUGAGUGCACAGCAUAUGCGAGCGUGUGAUCUGUCAUUCUCCGCACUCCUUGAAAGAUGCCCUUCCCUCUGUCGACUGCGUCACUCAAGAUCUGACGAUCCUCCUGCCUUCCUCCACUGUGUACACACACACACACACACACACACACACACACACACACACACACACACACACACACACACACACACACACACACACACAAAAUGUUAAGGGGUUAAUGACUCACCAGCCGUGAUGUGAUUGGGUUCAAUGUUCCAGUUGUUAGUUUUAAUCCCCUUCUAGUCUUAAUCUGUCUCCUUAAUGCCGACACACACACACACACACACACACACUCUUGCUGUCUGCUUACAUCUUGUUACUUGUGCAUCUCAUUGAAAUGUUGCUUGUGUACAGUAACACUGAUGCUAAUAGGAGAAUCAGACUCCUUACAGAGGGCAGACAGCUGUGUCUUGCUCUCUGCUCAUGUUUCAGUCCAGACUUCAAACCCCUCCUGGGGGGG